AUGAACAGAAUUAUUACAAGAAAUAUUAUCAGAUCAUUUGGUCAAUCAACUAGACAAUUGGCUAAGAAUGAUACUUCCACCAUCGAUUCCUUUAGAUUACCAUCACAAACAUCCAUUAAUGAAUGGGAAUUUAAAUAUGAUUUUAUACCAAAAGUUACAGAACCAAAAGUUCCACCAAUUAGUGAACAAGCCAUAAAGCAAGACAUUGCUCAAGAAAGAAAGAAAAAGGUUGAACAAGAAAUGUUCAAUCAAGAAAAUGCCAGUAGUUUGAAAGUUGAAGCUAAUGAUGCAACUGUUGUUCAUGGGGGUGAACAAGUUGGAGCUGAGCCUGAAUUCUUACAUGACAGAGGAAGUGAUCCUAUUAAAGUUCAAGGGUUCAAAAAUGCUAGUAAAGAAGGAGGAUUCAAACCUGCUAACAGGGACCAAUAUGUCCAAAGUUCAACUAAUCCCAAUUUAAACCAAGGAGAGAUCCAUAGUUUGAGUGAAUCAAAAGUAGUUGAUAACGCUCAACAAGAUGUCAAACCAGGACAAGUUGUUGAUGAUUUAGAUCAUGAUAAUUUACAUCAUCAAGGACAAGAUAUUAAAGGUAAUGGAUCCAAGAAUCAAUUCUUUAUUACUUUAGGUAUCUUUGGUUUAGGUGCUGGAUCUUAUUAUUAUUAUGAUAAAUCCAAAACCGCUAAGAAAUAG